UUUGAGUCUUCCUAAGAGUUGUUGUUCUGCAACUCCACAAGAAAAGCAAAGCCAAACUUGCAAAGUUAGCUAGCUGGACUUCAGAAUUGAUGGUCAUAACUAAAAGAGCCAGCCUGUGCGUAGUGGUUAAAAUUCAAAGCAUUCACACGAGAAAUGAAUUGAAAAUAAGAUACAUUUUGAGUUUCCCAUAAGUAGCAUUGGUUGGAGGUUACUCAUCUUUAACCAGAGUCUUGUGUCGAUCAUCACAUAUCAAGGUGUAUCUUUUGAAUCUUUAAACUGGAAAUAAGUAUAUCCGCAUUCGAGGAAAAGGUGCGGAAGGAAAAGGAAACAGCGGAGGGAUCCGAAUCGGACCUAAAUGGGUAUGACAUGAAAAGUCUUUUUCAAAACCUAGCAUUAAGGGCGUUACGACGAUAUACAAGAGGAAUUGAGAAAAACUCGUGAUGACAGGCAUCACCCCACAAAAUUGUAACCUCGAAGAUAGGACAAAGGAGCAUGUCACACGGUAAUCGUAUAAUUGAUUUGGAAGCAGAUCAGCCAGGUCAAGAGUUUUUUCAUUCUGCGCCUUGCAUGUUUUAUGCACAGCCUAAUGUCCAUGCAGUAGCAGCUCCUGGAAAUGUUGGUAAUAUCUAUUUGCACCAUGUAUCAGACCAUCAAGAGGGUACCUUAACAUAUGGGUUGACACAGUACAAUGGGGUUCAACAUCAGCAUCCUCCCACCAAUCCUGACCUAGCCAUUUCUGCUUCAUCCAAUCAUUACAAUCCGUACAUGGCUGUUCCUUCCGCUUCUGGAGAUUUCCCAUUUCCAGUAAAUCAUGGGCCACAUGGAAUGAAUUCAGACUAUGGAAGGAACAAUCAUUACAUGGACGAUGUCAGAGGCUCAUUUAAGAGAAAGAAUGCUGAAGGAAUUCCUGCAAAUCUUCAAUAUCAUCAUGCUUUGGCAGGUUCCAGCUCUGCUGUUGCUCCAGUGAUUGCAAGGGCACAUGAAUCUGAUAUUUCGAUGGAUGCUACGUCAUUUACACCACCAGAUUAUGGAGGCAAUUCAUCAUCAUUCAUUGAAGAUGGAGCACCGAGAAAUAUGAGUAACAGAUCUGGUGCUAGUGGUACAGAAAAUGUUGCACGACGUAACCUUAAUAAUCAGUUAUUUCAAGGAAACUAUAUAAGUCAGACCCAUCAGUUGCCUGGCAAUCCUUGGUUGGACUUGCAGUUCAACGGCAAUGGUAGUGAGACUCAAACUUGGGCCUGGAAUCAGGCUGCUCCUUUACCCUAUGUACCUGGAGGCAUUGGAGGCUGCGUAGAUGCUGGAAACAUGGGCGUGCGAGGUUAUCCAAUGACAUCUAGCAAUGGAGGUUUGACUAGUUUUCUGUAUCCACCUGUUCCUCAAGGGCACCCAGGCCUUCAUCAUAUGCCACCUAAUAUUCAAGGAAUGAGAGGCCAGCCUAUCACCUUCCCUCCACAAAUGACGGCAUCAUCCUCACACCGACACCUACCUAAUCCGUCCAACAUCACCACUAACCUAAUGCAAGGCGUUGUAGAGGCUGGACCCAGAUAUAUGCCCUCCCUACCAACUGGCUUUGGGUUGUACAGACCUCAUCAAAGGGCUAUCGUACUUGAAAGAAAUGCGAGACAUCGGAACCUUCCUAACAUGAGAGUUCUGCCAGAAGAUGGAGUGGCAAUGCUGGAUGUUUCAGGCUACCAUGAAGUUAACAAUCCCACUGAUCAGCACAGAGAUAUGCGUUUGGACAUAGAUCACAUGUCCUACGAGGAGCUUCUUGCACUGGGGGAGCAGAUUGGCAGUGUAACAACUGGGUUGUCAGAUGAAAUAAUUGUUAGCCGUUUGAAAACAAGAUCAUUUUCCUCCCCCGAGAUUCCUUGCACCCUGGAAACUGCUGCAUGUUUGGAUCACAAAACCGAUUUCUGUGUCAUAUGCCAGACUGAUUACAACAACCAAGAAACUAUAGGAACUCUUGAUUGCGGGCAUGAAUAUCACGCAGAUUGUGUAAAGAAGUGGUUGGUUGUGAAGAACAUUUGCCCCAUCUGCAAAUCCACAGGAUUGUCAACAUAAAGAAAGAAUUUGUGGAUACAGGAAGUUGGUUGGUGGAUGAAUAUUUAUAAGAGUUGGACAUUUUGUUCUCUUGCUAAAUAUUUAUUCUCUAUCAAGAGGAAACGUUCCUGAACCUGUAUUAUAUAUAUAUUUGUAUAUACUUGGCUAGAUGUUAGCAUAUAACUUGGUGACCUUAAUUUGUCACCUUGAAUUUGUACAGACCUCUUAAUUUUGUUGGAACCACCAUGCAUGAUUGUGAAUUUUGUAUAGACAUCUUAAAUAUUCUUGUUCGACCAGGCAUGAUUACUGUAUCCUUUAUGGAUUAAUGUGUUAUGUUGUGUAUGACACACAUCCACAAA